AAAUUAUUUUGAUUAGGUUUGAUUUUGAUCAAAUUUAAUUUGAAUUUAUAUUGAAAAUUUUUUGAAAGAAAUUAAUUUAUUUGAUUUGGUUUUAUGAAAACGAAGUGCAUUCGGAAUUUCACCUCACCUUGACUUGUCAGAAGUUGUCCCAAAUGUUGGCGAAUAGUCUUAUUCGAAGGUGAAAUCAUGGAAGUAGUAGAGUAGAUCGUUCAUACAGAUACUGAUAAAGAUAAAUAUAUUCUUGCUGUUCGUCGAUUGAUCAUAGAAGUGGGAGAAUGCCGGUGAGAGUUUCGGAGAGUUGUGUACCUUCACAAUUAUCAGGUUCAUGUUCUGGCCACACCUCACCUCCUCCAUGCACCCUUCUUGGCGUUGGUCAGGCUUUUUCUGGGACGCAAAAUGUUUCCAGUGUGCAAAAGGAUGAGGCUUGGCGAGUUAAUGUGCGUAUACAAGGUUGUGACCUUGAGCAUGGGUAUUUAUGUGGAACUAUGGAAGCACUUAAUGUUCCAAUGGCAGAUACACCUGUGGUAACUUUUUGGGAAGGGGAAAUUGUUGAUACCAAAAAUUAUACCUUCUUCACUGGUAAAUGGGAAGCAACGCCCGAGGAUGAUAUUAGGCACUGGACGAAGUUUCCAUCCUUUGCACCCCUCCUCGAUCAAGUGAAGGAUGAUGGGGGCAAAUCACUGGACUUGAGUAACUAUCCAUACAUAUUUAUGAGAUGGAAGGAGCAGUAUUUUGUAAAUGUUGGUACUGACUGUGGCCUAACAAUAGCAGGCUUCUAUUAUGUUUGCUUCUCCUGUAGUGAUGGUUCCAUUAACGGCUUCUAUUAUGAUCCAAAUAGCAGUCCUUUUCAGAAGCUCGAGUUAAAAUCCAGUAAUGAAGGGAGGUCGGGCUUCAGCUUUUCAUCGUACAAAUUGCAAUGAAGAGAAAUUGGGUCUCAGCGUUUCGUGAUAUGACUUGUCGAAAUAUGUAAUGAAGGGAUGUGGGCAACUGAAUGUUGAUCAAACUAUCCUGUUUAAAUAAUUUAUAAAUGAGAAGUAGAGCUGCAAUUUGUCGGGGA